AUGCCCAAGGUCAAAGAGACGAGAGUUGCCCUGACGGGUGCAGCUGCUCUGGGAGCAGCCAAAAUGUCCGAGACGACGCGCAAGGCUCCUCCGCACUCCGAAGAAGUUCAGACUGUCAGCGACAGCGACGAAUCCAACAGCGACAGCAGCAGUGGUCACAGCAGCGGAAGCGAGAGCGAUGCCGACAAGCGCAGAAACACCAAGAAGCCAAAAGUAAAGAAGGUCAAAGAGACGGAACCAAACAGCCCCCCGGUCCCCGACGACAGCAGCGACGACUCGGACUCGGAUGCCGAUUUGGAUCGUGCUGUCGCACAGGCAAAGACACAGAAGGAUGCUGAAAAGAAGGCUCCUGCUGUUGUAACAACCAAUGGUGCCGCAUUGAAGACAUCAAAGUCGACCAAGGCGUCUAAGAGCUCCGAGAAGGUUUCCGAGUCCGACGACAGCAGUGAAGAGAGCGACAGCGAUGUCGAGAUGGUUGAGGCUGAAAAGCCUGCUCCAGCUCCCAGAGCCGCUGGUCAAGCUUCUGCCUCGGAGACAACAGCAACAGCCAUUGUCCCUCCUCAGCCUUUUGCUCCUCCACCAGGCUACAAGGCACUCAACACAAAGUCCGCCCUCGCAAAGACAGUAAACUCGCUAUUCGACCCUUCCACAAUCUCCUCGAAACAAAUCUGGCACAUCACCGCUCCCUCAUCAGUCCCGCUAUCCUCGAUCAAGUCCGUGUCACUUUCCGCCAUUCAGUCUCACCAAACCAUUCUUUCGCAUGACGGAACCGACUAUAACUUGGCAGAGGAGCCCACCAACAACGCUCGUGUCCUGUUACCCUCGUCAAAGUCGGACGCAUAUACUGCCGUCGAAGUCCCUGUCACCAAGACCCUGCACCUGCAACAAACCAUCCGCCUACCCAACCUCUCUGCUUAUCAGACCGACCCCAACACUGGCUCAAAUGCUGCUGCAAGCGUCAGAACUCCUGCCGUCAGCGCUCCUCGUCCUCAACCCAAAGGCAUGAAGAUGCGAUACAAGCCCCCAGGUUUCGGUGAUGAGGAUCCCGGUCUCAUUGGAUCAUCCGAAGACGAGAGCGACACCAACAACAAGCAAAUCGAGAAGUCUGCAAAGGAAGCUCGCAGCAAGCGUAAGCGUGACGAGAAGGAGGCAGGGGAUGAGACACCCAAGGACAAGAAGAGGAAAAAGGCUGCACAGGCUGCAGAGAAGCUGGCUGAAGGCACCAGAGCUGAGGUACCCCAGACAGCAGAGGAAAAGGCGAGAAAGAAGGCCGAGAAGAAGGACAAGAAGAAGGCGACGAAAUAA